AUGCCUGGCUCGGCGUCGGGCGCACCAUUAGUGCCUCGCCGUCGGAAGCGGAGGGCAAACAAAGACCCGUGGUGGACGCGCCAUAUCGCCAAACCUCUGAGUGUGCUCAAUCCCGCGACCCUCAUGUCCAGGAGACGAAAGCCGUCUACGCCUCGCUCGAUCUUUAUCAACGAGAAGCUACCAGCGGACUACUUUGACAAGAAAGGACGGCCGCUCAAGAGCAAGGUCUUCAGCACCAACCAAAACGUGACGUCCAAGUACACGAUCCUCACGUUCUUGCCACGCAACCUCCUCGAGCAGUUCCGCCGCGUUGCCAACAUCUUCUUCCUUUUCAUCAACGUCCUUCAGUUCUUCCCCAAGUUCUCAACCAUCUCGCCAGGUCUCGUCAUUUUGCCGCUGAUCGUCGUCCUGCUCAUCACCGCACUCAAGGAUGGUUACGAGGACAUCAAACGCCACCAGGCCGACCGCAAGGUCAACCACUCAGUUGUACAUGUGCUCGGCGGCGGCGACGGCCAAUAUGUCAAUGUCAACCCCAUGGAGGGCAAGGCCAAGACGUUUGUGCGUGGCAUCCCGUUGCCGAAGCGCAAGAGCAAGAAGGCAAUCUCUGCAGAGAUGAAAGCCAACGUCGAUCUCCUCAAGAGCGGCAACGAGAACGACCUCGAGCGCCAACACACCAUCCGUUCUCACGUUUCGACCUGGGAUAACGACCCCGAGGCCGGCGAUAACUCAAAGGAGCUCGGUUGGCAGCGCACCAUCUGGGAAGACGUCAAGGUCGGCGACAUUGUCAAGAUUUACGACAAUGAACCUAUCUGUGCCGACAUUAUCGUCUGCGCCACCUCCGAAGAGGAGGACGUAUGUUACCUCGAAACUAAGGGUCUGGACGGCGAAACCAACCUGAAGUCGCGUCACGCCGUUCCCGGCAUCUCCCACCUCGAUUCCGUUCAGGCAUGCGCGACGACGCAGAUGCGCAUCGAUAUGGAGCCUCCUGAGGUGAACAUGUACCGCCUAAACGGCGCGAUUGUUCUUCUCGGCGAGGGAGGUGAUGUCACGCACCCCGUGACCCUCGACACCUGUUUGCUUCGUGGAUGCGCUCUCCGCAACACGGGCUGGGUUAUCGGCAUUGUUGCGUUUACCGGCGAUGACACCAAGAUCAUUCAGAACUCGGGCCGCGCUCCCAGCAAGCGUUCCCGCGUGGAGCGCCAGAUGAACCCUCAGGUCCUGUUCAACCUUCUCGUCCUUGGCAUCAUUGCGAUGAUCUGCUCUGUUAUUGCCCACGUUCUUGAGAAGAAGUGGACGCCACAGGGCGCUUAUUGGAUGCUCUAUAACGACACGUCCCAGGACAACCCGAACAUCAACGGCCUCUGGACGUUCUUCAACGCGCUGAUUACGUUCCAGAACAUCAUCCCUAUCUCACUUUACCUCUCAAUCGAGUUUGUGCGCACGGUCCAGGCGUUAUUCAUCUUCUGGGACCACCAGAUGCAGUACUUCAAGAACGGCCAGAAGAUCCGCACCACGGCCCGCUCCUGGAACCUCUCCGAUGAUCUCGGCCAAGUCGAGUACAUUUUCUCGGACAAGACCGGCACCCUUACACAGAACGUCAUGGUCUUCCGCCAGUGCUCGGUUGGGGGCAAGAUCUACUAUGGCGACGAGCCGGAGGUCACUGCUCCGGCUAAGAAAGCCAAGCCUGUCGAGGACACAAUGAGCAGCUCCGACGACAACUCGAACUCUACGGGUGACGUAGCGAGUCUCAGGAGAGCUGAAGCCGUUGAGAUCCCGCCAUUCCACGACCGGACUUUAACCGCGGACUUGAACGAUCUCGACUCUGAGCAGUCGCGCAUUUUACACGGCUUCUUUGUCGUCCUUGGUCUCUGCCACACGGCUCUCGCGUCCGAGUCCGAGAGCGGACAAAUCACGUACAAGGCCCAGUCGCCGGACGAGGCGGCCCUUGUUCAGAGCGCUGCCGACGUCGGCUUUGUCUUCCUUGGUCGUGACCGCAACAUCCUCCGCCUCAAGACUCCUUACGCAGAGCAGCCCGAUGAGUACGAGCUGCUCAACGUUCUCGAGUUCAACUCGACUCGCAAGCGCAUGUCAGUCAUUGUGCGCAAGUGUGACGACCAGGGCAUGAUCCUCCUCCUUACAAAGGGUGCGGACAACAUCAUCUUCGACCUCCUCAGCAAGAACGACGAGUCGCAGGCCGCGCUGCGUGAGAAGACGGACAAGGAUCUCCAGGUGUUCGCCAGCGAGGGUCUCCGUACCCUCUGUCUCGCGUACCGCGUCCUUGAGCCCGCCGAGUACGAGACAUGGGCCAAGGAGUACCAUGAGGCAGAGGUCGCCCUCACCGAUCGUGAGGAGAAGAUGGAGGAUGUCAUGGCCCACAUUGAGACUAGUUUGCAGUUGCUGGGUGCGACUGCCAUCGAGGACAAGCUACAGGACGGCGUUCCGGAGACCAUUGCGGACCUCAAGCGAGCCGGCAUCAACAUCUGGGUUGCCACGGGUGACAAGCUCGAGACCGCGGUUGCCAUCGGUUACACGACCAACCUUCUCACCGCCAACUCCAACCUCAUUAUUAUCCGUGAGGGCACCCAUUCCAUCCAUGACCAACUGCGCGACUCGUUAGGAGCGUUCUUCGGCGAUGACCUCCGGCGCUCCACGUCCCUCACACAUCUCGAGACCCGGCAUUCGACCCAGCUCCGCCGCGUUAACACUGGUGUCCAGUCGCUCGUUGGCGAUGACAACGGCUACCGGCCCGGCGGCUUCUCGCUUGUCAUCGAGGGCUCGGCACUGGCCCAGAUCUUCAACGACGACGAGAACGAGGACCUGCUCAUCCAGCUGGCUCUCAAGUGCAACACCGUCAUCUGCUGUCGUGUCUCGCCUCUGCAAAAAGCCCAGAUUGUCAGACUCAUCAAGGACAGCCUCGGCGUGAUGUGUCUCGCCAUUGGCGACGGUGCAAACGACGUCUCGAUGAUCCAGGCGGCUGACGUCGGUGUCGGUAUCUCGGGCGAGGAGGGCCUGCAGGCCGUCAACUCGGCAGACUAUGCGACCGGCCAGUUCCGCUUCCUCAAGCGGCUUCUCCUCGUUCACGGCCACUGGUCGUACUUCCGCAACGGCACCAUGAUUGUCAACUUCUUCUACAAGAACAUUAUCGGUAUCGGCAUCCUGUUCUGGUACAUGUUCUUCUGUGGAUGGUCCACCACCUUCGUCUACGCCUACGUCUACUUGCUGUUCUGGAACGUCUUCUGGACACUGUGUCCCGUCAUUGCAAUUGGUAUUUUCGACCGCAACGCAGACGACGUCGACCUCAUGGCUCUCCCAGAACUCUACCGCUACUCGCGCGAGCACAAGUAUUACAACUGGCCCCGUUUCCUGUACUACCUCUUCGAGGGUGUGUACCAGACGGCGAUCGGCUAUUUCUUCAUCCACUACGCCUACGUGACGACAACGACCCGCAGUGAUGGCUGGGAAGUUUACAAGGACGAGAUGUCGACGACGAUGGCUGUUGCGGCCGUCAUGUACGCCAACCUGUUCUCUGGCCUCAACAUCGAUGCCUGGAGCUGGUGGGUUGUGUUCGCUGUGUGGGUCGGCCCCUUCCUCAUUUGGGUCUUCACCCCCAUCUACUCGGUCGUCCCGCCGACCACCUACUUUUCCGGCGUCUACGGCAAUGACAUCUUCUUAUUCCGCUCCGCAGCUUUCUGGUUCGGGUGGCCGUUCGUCACGAUCAUGGCCUUGAUGCCCCGGUACCUCAUCAAGUUUGCAAAGCAGAACAUCUUCCCGAACGACAUCGACAUCAUGCGCCUUGUCCGCAAGUACCAGCCUAAUGUCGACCCCUUCACAGACCCCAUGCUUGGCGGCCUCCUCGACCGCUCGCGCGACAAUGACAACAUGUCAAUCGGCCGUGUGCAGUCGAACGCCCACUUGGCGCGCAGGACCAGCAUCGUGCUCGAGGAGCUCACUGCUCCCACCGAGUACGUUCCCGCUACGGAGUACCCCCCGCGCCAGAGCACCGAGUACAUCGGUCGCCCAAGUAUCGACUCGAUCCACAGCCGAACCGGACGACCGAGUAUCGACUCGAGCCGAGUACGGCCCAGCUUGGAAUCGCACGGUCGCCCAAGCUUCCAGAGCACGCGUCUGGGCAUGGCCGGCGGCAUCCGUGGCUCGCAAGUCGACAUGGCUACGGGAAUCACUCGCGAGCCAUCGCGUGGCUUCGGUUUCGACGUGGAAGAGGGUGGCGUAGCCAUCAAGCGCAUGCAGUCGAGUCUCUCACAGCAGUCGGCCGGCAAUCAGCGCUACACGCUGCGCCGACUGGCUGUGCAUAACCGUCAGAACAACCCCACCGCGCCAUCGCCAAACAGAGCGUUCAAGUCGCUGCGCAACCGUGCGGGCUCCAUCCUGCGCGGCCGCAACCGCUCGUCAACCGUCAACACGAGUACAUCAACACAAGUGAGCGGAGACGAUUUUCCACAACGCCUGGUACCGUCCCCGCCGCGCUCGCCAUAG